AUUUCUAACCUUUUCAAGUGCCUCCCUGAAGCAUGGGCCCCAUAAGGUUCAAAGUCCAAUGAUGUUAGCUAUGAGCCACUACAACUCCUCAGCCCCCUCGCUCUUACCGCCUCUCGUAAACACCAGUCCUGGGCAGGUGGAGGCCGAGGUGGCUGUCAAAGGGCUGUCUCAGCAUGGAAACCUUUCCUUCGACCAGCCCACCUCCAGCGGCCCCAUCGCCGCCAUGCUGUCCAUGACCCUGGGCAUCGUCUCCAACAUUGUGGCCCUCUUCAUCCUGGCCAAUGCCUACUCACUGCAACGCCGGCGCUCCAAAGCCACAUUCCUCCUCUUUGCCUUUUCACUGGUGGUCACGGACUUUACUGGCCAUGUGAUCCCUGGGGCCCUGGUUCUCCGGCUCUACCUCUCUGGAGGGGUGGCAGAGGAGGCGUAUGACUCAGCUGAUGCCAUGUGUCAGUUCCUGGGUGGCAGCAUGGUGUUCUUUGGUCUCUGCCCACUCUUCUUGGGCUGUGCCAUGGCUGCUGAGCGCUGCCUGGGUGUCACUCAGCCCCUGCUGCACUCAUCCCUGGUCACCACCACCCGCACUAAGAUCACCCUCUCUGUCAUCUGGCUGGCGGCUCUCUGUGUGGCCAUGCUGCCGUGCUUCCAGCUGGGCUCAUACACCUACCAGUACCCAGGGACCUGGUGUUUCAUUAAAGUGCUGGAGGACACCCACGAGGCAGAUGUGGCGUUUGUGGUGCUUUUCUCUGGCCUGGGUCUGACCUCCCUGGCUGUGGCGCUGGUGUGCAACACCAUCAGUGGACUGACGCUAGUGCUAGCCCGGCUCAGGAGGCAGCCCUGCUCCCACCACUCAGCCAAGUCCCAUGACAUUGAGAUGGUGGUGCAGCUGGUGGGCAUCAUGGUCACCUCUUGUAUUUGUUGGAGCCCUCUGCUGAUCUUCGGCCUGAUGUCGGUGAUCCGCUCCUACAGAGACUCCAUCGGGGACGAUCUGUCCAGCUAUAAAACCUUGAUGGUGAUGGGCGUCAGGCUGGCCUCCUGGAACCAGAUUCUGGACCCCUGGGUCUACAUCCUGCUGCGUCGCACCAUCCUCCGCAAGGUCUACCUCAUCGCUAAAUGCCAGACAGACCUGAAGGGCAGUGUGAUACGCCGUUGGGACCCCGGCUCCUAUCACAGCUCAGAGAAGAAUGCAGUCAACCAAAUCUGA